UCCUCCUCCUGAGCAUAAACUAUUUUAAAUAAACAAAAUGACAUAGCUUGCUAUUUCAUUUGUUUCCUCCUUAAGUUGGUAGUUAUUUCAAAAGAGCUAGUGUAGAAUAAUUUAGAUUUCUCGUUCUGUAAAAGGUAGCUAACGAGCAACCUAUAGACAACUCGAAAGUAUAGUCAAAAAUAUUCUGUAAUUAGAGAAGACACCUAGCAUCAAAAUCUAAUCAUGGGGGACCCAACCUGGAGAAGAAACCAAACUAGAGAUCGACUCCGUGCUCAGAUUCGAAAGAAAAGGGAAUCUUUGGCAGACCAGUUUGACUUCAAGAUCUACAUAGCCUUUGUGUUCAAGGACAAGAAGAAGAAGUCUGCGCUGUUCGAGGUAGCUGAAGUGGUACCAGUGAUGACCAACAACUAUGAAGACCAUAUCCUGAAAGGUGUGCAGGCUUCCAGCUACUCCCUCCAGAGUUCCAUGGAACUUCUGCAGAAAGAUGUCGUGCAGUUGCACGCCCCACGCUACCAAUCAAUGCGCAGGGAUGUCAUAGGAUGCACCCAGGAGAUGGACUUCAUCCUGUGGCCGCGUAAUGACAUAGAGAAGAUAGUCUGUCUCUUGUUCUCCAGAUGGAAGGGGGCCGAGGACGAACCCUUCAGGCCUGUUCAGGCCAAGUUUGAGUUUCAUCAUGGAGACUACGAGAAGCAGUUGUUGCAUGCUGUCGGCCGGAGGGACAAGGCUGGAAUGGUUAUGAACAACCCAACUCAGUCGGUCUUCCUCUUUAUGGACCGACAGCACUUACAGACUCCUAAAACCAAGGCCACAGUUUUUAAGUUGUGCAGCCUUUGCCUGUACCUGCCCCAGGACCAGCUAACGUGCUGGGGCGUUGGAGACAUCGAAGACCAUCUCCUCCCGUACAUGCCCGACUAGGCCCAGCCGGCCUCCAUGGCUUCCACCCACAACACAAGGAAGACUUAACCCCUAAGCCACUGAAGCAAGUUGAUCUCAUCCACCACACAUCCUUCCUUCCAUUGAAUAGAACUGCUGCUUGGGUCUCUUGUUUGUUAGUUUCCAUCGUCCUGAAGCUAAUUUAAAAAAUAAAUAAAAAUCUGUAUUUGUUUUUCCUUAC